AUGGGCAUUCUCCUCUCGAAAGCGAACACAGCAGACACCAGCACAGCAGACCGAAGUCACACCGACCUAUUCAAAGAUGUUCUACACGAUACAAACAGUCCCGCUCUCGCCCUUCAAGCACAGAUAACGCGAGGAACCCAAUCAGCAUACUACGAGCACUUGAUGCGGGAGAACCGCACGGCGUCCGCAUCAACCGCGUUUUCGUCCACCGCUUUGAUUCCAGUCCGGUGGGAUGGGUUUGUUGCCAGUGUAUCGAUCAUCGCAGCGCAUUUUAUUAUACUUGCGCUUAUUACGGUGUUUUUUGUGGUUUAUACAAGAAAUUCGAUGGUUGGGAAUAACUGGCAGGCUGUUGCGCAGGUUGUCUCGGAGGAUAUGCUUCCGGUUUUGGAUCAAGCGUCUGAGGAGAAGGAUGAGGAGGUAAAGAAACGUUGGGGAAAGGAACCGGUAGCACACCAUAGUGCCCUUCGAUAUUGGCCGAAUGGCCGCGUAGCUAUUGGAGUCGAAGCGAAAGAGAGACUUGAGUAA